UCAGGCCUAAAUUUGCUCUUUCAGUUAGUAACCUGUUCUAGACUGGUGUGUUACUUCACAAACUGGUCUCAGUACAGAGCAGGAACUGCUAAAUACCUUCCUGAGAAUGUGGACCCAAACUUGUGUACUCAUUUGAUCUAUGCAUUUGCCAUUAUAAACUAUGCCAAUAACAUAGCAGGCAGCGAAUGGAAUGAUGUGGCCCUUUACUCAACCUUCAAUGCACUUAAGAACCAAAAUCCUCAGCUGAUAACCUUGUUGUCCAUCAGAGACCAGGACUCAAACCAAUUCUCCAUUAUGCUGUCCAACUGGACAAACCGUCAGAAAUUCAUCAAGUCUUCCAUAGAAUUUCUGAGGAAGCAUAACUUUGAUGGGCUGGAUUUGGACUGGAAACACAAAGGCACUUCAGAAGCGCGUCCAGAAGACAAGCUGAAAUUCACUCUACUGUGCAAGGAACUUCUGGAAGCCUUUCUAGAUGAAGGCCAGUCCACCAAAAAUGCAAGACUGAUUUUAACAGCAACUGUUUCUGCUCAGAAAGAAGUUAUUGAAAGGAGCUACAACAUUCCAGAGAUCUCAAAGUACUUGGACCUCAUUAGUGUCAAGACAUUUGAUUUUCAUACAUUUAAAGAUGGCAUUGCAAGACAUCACAGCCCUUUGUACAGUGCCCUCCAUGACAAGGAGGACAUCAACUCAAACACCGAUUUUGCUCUGCAAUACUGGAGAGUCCAGGGAGCUCCUGUCGAGAAGUUGUUGAUGGGCUUUGGCACGUAUGGACGUUCCUUCAUCCUCACCUCCUCUCAGAGUGGAGUCGGAGCCCCAGCCAGUAAUUUGGCUUCUCCUGGCCCUUAUACACAAGAGAUGGGCUUGUGGUCUUACUUUGAAAUAUGUCUUUUCCUCAAUGGUGGUGUAGUACAGUGGAUAGAAGACCAGAAAGUUCCUUUUUCUGUUAAAGGCAGUGACUGGGUGGGCUUUGAUAAUCUGAGGAGCUUUGAGAUUAAGAUUAAAUACUUACAGGAACAUGGCUUUGGGGGUGCAUUUGUAUGGGCUUUAGACCUGGAUGACUUUUCUGGAUAUUUCUGUGGACAAGGCAACUACCCUUUAGUCAACCAUCUGAAGAAAUUGUUAAUACUUGUGGAACUUGCCAUCAUGGUUAACAGUGAUUUUGGGAAACGCACCCCUGUGUGA